GGGUUGUCUCCGCCCCCGGAGGAGGAGGUCCUACUGUGAGUGCAUCAACGUGCGCCUUGCAGAUGGCGGCAGCCAGAUUACCGCCGGGUGUGCUAAACCUGAGACAGUUUGUGCAUCGACAGAAGGUUCUGAGUUUGUACAGGAAGAUAUUGAAAGUGAUUCAUCAGAUUCCAAAUGAAGGAGAUAAACAAUAUCUUAAGAAUUGGGCAAGACAUGAAUUCAAACAGAAUAAGAAUGCGACAGAUGAAGAUGCAGUGAGAAUGAUGCUCACUCAUGGAAAUAUGCAACUUAAGGAGCUAGAGAAAAUGCUUCAAUUAGCCAAAUAAAGAAAAAAAAAGCAGAGAUGGUUAAGAUUUUCCAGAACACUUACAUGGACCCGCUGAUACCUGUUCGGAACAUCUAUUCUGGGCUUUGAAGAAAGUCUUCCAUCAAUUUGCCAGUAGUGAUUCCGUCACGUCACUUACAAUGAAACUGUUAGAAUGAAUUAAAGUUGCAUUUUCCAGCAAAUUGAUUUUAAGAUGUUUGGGUAAUAUUAUAUGAUUCAUGGUGUGUAAGAUCAAAAUGUAACAUUUUGGAAAGUGAAUGUAAUGAAAUACACUGGAAUAGGCUAUAGACUACUUUGUGACCCGUAUAACCUCUUUACAGUUGGGUGCAGUUAAUCAUUGAAGAUAUCCAGCUUAUGAAAGGCUGCUCCUUUUGUAGUAUUUACAUAAACAAAGUCUAAGCACUGGUUUCUUGUACUGUUUGGGAGAGUAAAGAAAGUAAUUGUAUAAAUUGUAAUUAUGCAGUGAAAAUUUCACUUCGUGUUAAGUGCAGUGAUUUUCAGACGAAUUCUCCCACUUGGAUCCUUAUUUGGUGUCAGUUAUCACUGCCUGUUUAUGAACACACUUACUUACUCGAAGUGGAACACACUGAAAGGUCACUGGAAUCGAAACAUUAACUUUGUUUUUCUUCCCGCAGAUGCUGCCAGACCCACUGAGUUUCUCCAGCACUUCUUGUUUUUGUAUCUCCAGUAGUUGCAGUUCUUUGUUAUAUUAUACUGUUGCUGUUUUUAAAAUGUUGAGGCUCUGUUUAUCCACAACCAUUUUUCAUGGGUAGUCUGAAAGAUAUUUGUGAUUAUACGGAGGCCACUAAGAGGGUAUAUUAUUUAAAAGAAAUGCUUAAAGUAAAAAUAUUAGUGUUUUA